UUGAUCAUCUACAUGUCCUUUUCUCUUCCCAUUUCACCACAGUCCGGGGGCUCGGAGGCAUCGGUCUUGAACGUUUUCAAACCCUAUCUAAACCCCUCUUUCUCCCUCUCCCUCUGUGCUUCCUGAACCAGGGGAAAAUGCUACCAUCUUGGAAGCUUUUAUGAAUCCAAAAGCCUAAUCUUUCUUCACCUUCUCUCACAUGGAAUCCACCAUUCUCUCCUCCCUCCUCCCCUCCACCCUCUCCUUUCCCCUCCGCCGUUGCCAACCCCGCCGCCACCGCUGGCGGCCCACCGCGUCUUCCAGACCUCCCAAUCUAUGUCUCCCGCCGAUAAAUCUCUCCGUUUCCACUUCCCCCACGCUCCCCAAUCCUCAGUCCUUCGAAAAAUCCCCAAAUUUCCCCAAAAAUGGGACGAAUUUUCUUGAUCUUGCGCGAAAACCGAUCGCGUUGGUCUUGUUCUGCGCGGCGGUUGGUUUCCUCCCGAUGCCCGCGGCUCGAUUCCAUGCCAUUGCUGCCCCUGUCGGGGUGGCGUCGAGGGAGGAAGUUAAAACCCAAAAAGGUGAGAGCUCUAAGGAUCACGAGUUCUCGGAUUACACUCAGAGGUUGCUCGCGGUUGUUUCAGUCCUUCUGCAAAGGAUCGAGGAGGUGAGGUCCUCGAAAGGAGAUAUGGAUGGGGUUCGAGAAGCGUUGAAGGAGGUGAAGGAGAAAAGGGAGGAGAUUCAGGAGGAGGUUCUGGAGAAACUGAAUUCCGAGCUGAGGGAGUUGAAGAGGGAGAAGGAGGAGCUGAUUGAUCGGUCUGGGGAAGUCUUGGACUCGGCUUUGGCGGCAAGGAAGGAGCGCGACUGGCUAUUGGAGAGUGAGGGAGGGGGUGAUGAGGUGAAGGAGAAUGUGGAGAGGUUGGAGAAUAAUAUGAGUGUUGCAGAGAAGGCGUACAAUGAGCUGUGGGAGAAGAUUGGGGAAAUUGAUGAUAGGAUCUUGAGGAGGGAGACAUUGACAUACAGUAUAGCUAUCAGGGAGCUUUCAUUCAUAGAGAGGGAGAGUGAGCUCUUAGUGGAGAGAUUUAGCCGGCGGGUGAGACGGGACAAUCUUGACAGUAAGUUGAAGAGCUUCACUACUAGGCUUUCUAGACAUGAUAUCCAGAAAGAUCUAGAAACUGCCUGUAAUGAAUAUUGGGAGCAGAUAUUAUUGCCAAAAGUAUUGGAAGCCGAAAAUUCUGAAAUUUAUCCAGAUGCUAGUACUCAAAGUUUUGCUGUUAAUAUAAGGCGAGCUCUUAAAGAGUCCCGGCAGAUGCAAAGGAAGCUUGAGACUCAGUUAGGACGAAAGCUGAAAAAAUUUGGGGAUGAAAAGCGUUUUCUUGUGAGAACAUCAGAAGAAGAGGUGCUGAAGGGUUUCCCAGAUAUCGAGUUGAAGUGGAUGUUUGGCCCAAAAGAAGUCGUGAUUCCUAAAGCUGUGAGCCUUCACUUGUUUCAUGGAUGGAAGAAGUGGCGUGAGGAAGCAAAAGCCAACUUGAAAAGAGAUAUACUGGAGAACAUCGACUAUGGUAGGCAGUACAUGGCUCAAAGACAGGAGCGUAUCAUUCUGGAUCGGGAGAGAGUUAUGACUAAAACGUGGUACAAUGAUGAAAGGAAUAGAUGGGAAAUGGAUCCAGUGGCUGUACCUUAUGCCAUCUCCAAGAAAUUAGUUGGAGGUGCUCGUAUUAGGCAUGACUGGGCUGCUAUGUAUCUUACAAUUAAAGGUGAUGAUAAGGAAUAUUUUGUUGAUAUCAAGGAAUUUGACCUGCUUUUUGAAGACUUUGGGGGAUUUGAUGCUCUUUAUGUUAAAAUGCUAGUAUCUGGCAUUCCAACUGCUGUUCAUUUGAUGUGGAUUCCUUUCUCUGAGUUAGAUAUCCGUCAGCAGCUUCUCUUGAUAACAAGGACAACAUCUCGGUGUUUAGUUGGAUUAUGGAAGUCAGAUGUUGUAUCCUAUGUUAAAGAUUGGGUUCUCUCCAAGACAAAAAUUACGAUCGAUGAUUUAAUGGUCAUGAUAGUUUUUCCAAUGGUGGAGCUUAUUAUUCCAAAGCCGAUAAGAAUGAGCUUAGGAAUGGCAUGGCCUGAAGAAGUGUAUCAAGCUGUUGGCACAACAUGGUACUUGAAAUGGCAGUCUGAGGCAGAAAUGAAUCACAAUGCCAGGAAGAAAGACAGCUUUCGGUGGUACCUUGGGUUUUUAAUGAGAAGCACCAUAUUUGGGUUUGUUUUGUUUAAUGUGCUAGUGUUUUUGAAGCGAAAGAUUCCAAGGCUUCUAGGUUAUGGACCUUUGCGUAGAGAUCCAAACUUGCGCAAGUUACGGAGAGUGAAAGCUUAUUUCAAAUAUAAGUUAUAUAGAAGGCUUCGAAGGAAAAAGGAGGGAGUUGAUCCGAUAAGGUCUGCAUUUGAUCAAAUGAAGAGGGUAAAGAAUCCACCAAUACGAUUGGAUGAUUUUUCUAGCAUUGACUCUAUGAGGGAGGAAAUCAAUGACAUAGUGACAUGUUUACAAAAUCCUACUGCUUUUCAAGAAAAGGGAGCUCGUGCACCCAGGGGAGUUCUUAUUGUUGGUGAGAGAGGAACAGGGAAGACGUCCCUUGCAUUGGCGAUAGCUGCAGAAGCCAAAGUUCCUCUUGUUGAGGUCAAAGCUCGUCAGCUUGAAGCAGGACUAUGGGUUGGUCAAAGUGCGUCAAAUGUCAGAGAGUUGUUCCAGACAGCAAGGGAUCUGGCACCGGUAAUUAUUUUCGUUGAAGAUUUUGAUCUCUUUGCUGGUGUUCGUGGCCAAUUUAUUCACACUAAAAAGCAAGACCAUGAGGCAUUCAUUAAUCAACUUCUUGUGGAACUUGAUGGGUUUGAAAAACAAGAUGGAGUUGUUUUAAUGGCGACCACUAGAAAUCUUAAACAAAUCGAUGAGGCCUUGCAAAGACCCGGUCGCAUGGAUAGGGUAUUGCAUCUUCAACGGCCAACUCAGCUGGAAAGGGAAAAAAUAUUGCGCCUAGCAGCAAAAGAAACAAUGGAUGAUGAACUAAUUGAUUUUGUAGAUUGGAAAAAGGUUGCUGAGAAGACGGCUUUGCUGAGGCCUAUAGAAUUGAAACUUGUUCCUUUGGCACUGGAAGCUAGUGCUUUUCGGAGCAAGUUUCUUGACACUGAUGAGCUAAUGUGCUAUUGCAGCUGGUUUGCGACUUUGGGUAAUACUAUUCCUAAAUGGUUGAGACGAACCAAACCUAUUAAGAGGAUAAGCAAAAGUCUGGUUAAUCAUCUUGGAUUGACACUAACAAGGGAAGAUAUACGAUCAGUCGUUGAUCUAAUGGAACCUUAUGGUCAGAUAAGCAAUGGGAUUGAACUUUUGAGCCCCCCGCUUGAUUGGACAAGGGAGACAAAAUUUCCACAUGCGGUCUGGGCUGCUGGUCGUGCCCUCAUUGCGCUUCUUCUGCCAAAUUUUGAUGUUGUUGAUAACAUAUGGCUGGAGCCAGCUGCUUGGGAGGGAAUUGGAUGUACAAAGAUUACAAAGGCAAAAAACAAAGGCUCUGCAAAUGGAAAUUUGGAAUCAAGAUCAUACCUUGAAAAGAAGCUCGUCUUUUGCUUUGGUUCAUAUAUUGCAUCUCAAAUGCUUCUUCCUUUUGGGGAGGAAAACUUCUUGUCCUCAUCCGAGCUCAAGCAAGCACAAGAGAUAGCUACUCGGAUGGUGAUUCAAUAUGGAUGGGGUCCUGAUGACAGUCCUGCCAUUUACAUUAGUAGCAAAGCAGUUGGGACUUUGAGUAUGGGUAACAACCAUGAGUUUGAGAUGGCAGCUAAAGUUGAGAAGAUGUACAACUUGGCAUAUGACAAGGCUAGGGAUAUGCUUCAAAAAAAUCGCCAAGUGCUUGAGAAAAUUGUGGAGCAGUUGCUCAAGUUUGAAAAUCUGACGCAAAAGGAGUUGUUAAAUAUUCUUGAGGACUAUGGAGGAACUCUGGAGCAAGAACCAUUCUUUCUAUCAAAACAUUAUUAUAAGGAGCUUACAUCUGGCACCUCCCUGUAUGGUGAUGGGAAUUCACAAGUAUUGGACCUAUUAGGUGCCUCAACAUAAGGCAUGAUGGCCAAGGUUUUGUAGACUAGCUCAAAUACAGCUCACAUGUUUUGUAUCAGUUCUCACCGAGCGCAGAUGUAUAGUUAUUGAGGAAUUGAUUUCUAUUGUUUGUUGAUAUUUUCACCUAAUAUUCUCAUUACAAAUAUUGGAUUAUGUAUGAUGUACUUCUUUUGAAUUUCUUGCACAGUGAAAAGAAAAGUAAAGCUCAAUAGUUUGCCUUC